AUGGCGAACACUUCAACGAACUCCACCGCGGUGGUCCCAAGUGAGCAAGAGCCGGAGAAGCGCCCUGCGGCUUGGAUGUCGGCCUGCAGGACUCCGAGCGAGCCAGGAAGCCCAAUCUGCCACACCAACCACCAUCAGGUCGCUCAGGUGCAGGGCCCCGAUGGUCACGGACAGUGGUCAUGGAAGCCGGAUGCACCGGAGUUCGUGCCCCACACCAAUAACAUGGGCACUGUGGCCAACAACAUGGAGAUGCCAGGUCCGGUGAUCAUGAUGAUGGAGGCACCUCCCUGCUUCAUGGUGGGAGGCUGGGUUAUGGCCCCGAACUCCGAUCAGAGUGGAGGCUGCAACGAGGCGCAGAACAGCAACAAGACGUACACCGAGGAGCAAGAGUCGGGAGACAGCAGAGUGAUGGAGCUGCAAACUCAGAUUGAGAACAUCCGCUUCACGCAUGAGAAGGAGAAGCAAGCCAUGAAGAGGCAGAUCCAAGCCUACCAGAAGAUCCUAGACCGCUACGACAUCCCCCGGGAAGAGGCCGAUGCCAUCAUCCACCACCUUGAUGCCUCGGAGGGCUCCAACGUGUCGAACAUGGCGACCACGUGGUGGUCGGGCAUGGCCACCGACGUUAGCAGCACGACCAUGCCCAUGGAUGGCAUGAUGGGAGGAGAGCAGUGGGACAUGACGACUGAUCAGUCCGUGGAGAUCUCGAACCAGCCGAGCCCAGGGAGUGCCAAUGGAAACACCUCGAGCACCAAGACCAUUGCCUCGGAACUCCAGGCCCUGCUCCCACAUGCCAAGGUCCGAUGCAGCAACGGGGAGUCGGAGACGCCAGAGUCUAGAACCCCAAUGCCUACACCGACCAGCUCAUUGAAUGAGGAGGUCGAGAAGCAAAUGUUCAGCUUAGAGCAGAUGGUGAACAGCAAGCUUGACGACCGCGCGCUGAUGUCUCUGAAGAGGUUGUCACCGAUUGACGGCAAGGAGGCCCUGCGCAAGGUCCAGGAAGUGAUUGAGUUCCAAGGGGGCAAGUGCCACAACCUGUCCUCUAUGCUUCAGUCCGUGUGCCGUAAGAUGGAGAAGCGCGCGACGCAGACCAAGUGA